CCUAAUGACGCACGGCGCAAGAGCGUAGCAGCCCCGGCGGGCCGUUGUGGUCAGCAUGGAGCCCGAGCAGUUACGUCGGAAGGUCUUGACAUUACAGGCUUGUGUCCGGGGUUUCUUGGUCCGACGUCAGUUCCAGAAGCUGCGAGCUGAGUAUGAAGCGAUUGUCCAAGAGAUUGAGGGUGGCCUGGACACACUUCAGUGGACUACGGGCUGGAUUCCCAGGCCCCAAUUUCUCUCAAAGAAGGCCAAAUCUCAUCACUCCUGGAAAGCAGGAAAGAAGAUCUCAAAUCCAGAGCAGGAACUGUGGUGCUACUUCCCGUGUACAGCGUCUGAGAAAGAGGCCACCUGGGAGGAGAUGGUGCAGAAGAAAUUAAAAGAGAGCUCAGCAAGUCCUUGUGGAGAUGACAGCCCCUGGCUUCAGGCUGAGCAGGGAAGGAAAACCAAGAAAUCCACCCAAGGGGAUUCCAAAGACAACGCCAUCUCCAAGAUGGAGAAUCCAGAAACCAUAGGUCCAGGACUGUCCGACAGCCAACAGGAGCUUCAGGAACUCCAGUCCCAACGCAGUCACUUGGCCAUGGAACUGCUGUGGCUGCAACAGGCCAUCAACAGCCGAAAAGAGUACUUAAUUCUCAAGCAAACACUGAGAUCCCCAGAAGCAGACCACACUGGAGACAAGCCCAGUCUGUGCCCAGACCAUGGAGAAAAGGACUAUGAGAAGGUUUGGUCACAACCAGACCACCUGCUGCAGGACCAGGUCUGUGUCCACAGGACCACUGGAGAGCCAGACCAUGCAGAUGACUCCUACCAGAACUGCACAUCACAGCCUUAUAAACCCCCAGAAAGUUUGGCCACUAUAGACAAAACCACUGCUGUGGCUGAGGGCAGGAACCCAUUCUGUAGGAGGGCUGGGCCACAGCUGCCUCCAACAUCAGACCGCCAGGGUGGAGGGAAUAGGUACAACAGAGGGCCCAACCAAGGAAGGCACACCUUCCAAGGAACCUGCGUGCAGCACACGAAACUGCUGGAGGACAAGACACCUGGCAGCCUCAAGCAUAGGAGCUCUUGUUCUGGGAAGGCCCGGACAUAGCUGUCCACACUCUGUGAAAAUCCAAAUACUGAGCACAAGUCCCCCAGAAGGCCAAGCCAUAAGGAGACUGAUGCCAAAGAGUCAGGCCACAUGAUUUGGGACAGGCUGCUAAUGGGACUGCAGCAUGGUAGCUUAGAUCUUAGAAGGAUUAAACCAUCCACACGCCAGAAAUCCCAGCUGUGGACCCUCCAGUAAACUUAGUUACAAAGGAUGGGAACACAGAGGACGGCUGUGGAGGUGAAGCCACCUGAGAACCUGUCUUCUACAGGAGAGAAGUGGUGGAGGGGCAGGUUGUGGUGCUAAGCAGAUCACUAGACUUGAUGGGGGAGUCACAGAAGGUCUUCAAAGCGAGGUGCUAUGAAAAGGCAAUGAAUGCAGGUCCUCAUCCUGCCUCCCUCUUCCCAGCUCCACCUCCUACAUUUGCUGUCAGCCAUUGACUAGUGGGGCUAAGAAAAACUGCAGCCCAUAAUAACCAACACUGCCAUGGGGAAAUUCUUGCCCCAUGGGGAACCUGGUUUCCUGAUUUGAUCUUUGACCUCCAUCAACUAGUGGGUGACUCAUGGGACUUUGUGGUGAAUCAGGAAAUUUCUUAUUUCUAUGUAUGCCCUGGGCACUUAUGGAAAACAAGAAUCAAAGGGGACUGUGGGGGAUCUGAAGCCUUCUACUGUGCUGGCUGGCAAUGUGUGUCUACUAGAAAGGUAUAUUGAAACCCACCUACUAAGGAGGACUAUGUGUGGCCUUAAGGGAAAAAUGUUUUUAUAUCAACCAUGGUUCAGUCAUUCCCCAUGGUUAACAACUCUGCUAUCUGCUUUAGCAGGGCCAUUACUUUUAUUUUUGUUACCAAUCACAAUAGGACCUUGUAUUAUUUAUAGAUUAGUUACUUUUGUUAAAAAAUACAUGAAUACAAUACAGCUUAUGGUUUUAAGAUCCCAGUAUAUACCAUUAGACUCCAUUCACUAACUCAGUUGGGAUCCAAGAUUGGCUCCUCACGGUACAAAGGGGGGUGGGGGAUGAAAGACCCAGAAACUAAGGUGCUGCCCUGGCUGGGCCUAACUUUCAGGUUUUCCGAUUAGGCAAAAGGCAACCACCCUGACAUUUAGUUAGGGAAGGUGCCCACCCAAAGGCCAGAGUCACCCCUAGCCUAGACAUGCCCAGGACAUGCCUGAGGCCUGUCCAUUCUGCUCUUUCUGCCCCAGCCAGUCACAAUGAAGACUAUCUCAUCUGCCUGGGGUUCCCCUAGCUCCCACCUCCACCCUGCCCCUAACCUUGCCCGCAAAUCCCGAGCCAAUCAGAAAAAUACUGUUUAAAUCAACCAAUCGUGUACCCAUCCCCUUCUAUGUUCAAAUCCCAAUAAACACCCUCCCCUCCCCCUACUCGGGGCCCUUGUAUGGAACCACUGCCUUGGUGAAGUCAAGGGACAAAGCUUAAGCCUGAAUAUUAAAAAAAUGCUCCUUGUCCUUGAAAAAAAAAAACAAAACAAAACUGCAGCCCAGAACUGGCAGAAGUACAGGGAGGAAGAUGGACAUUUCAUUCUCUACCUAUGACUCAAUCCAAAAUUUCUGGUGAAGUGCACUGGGAAAAGGCAGGUGGGAGGGAAAAGGCAGAGGAGAAUAAACGUUUUUCUUGAGUUCUAA